AUGCCAACUGCUGUGGAGACAUCACCACCAGCGAUCGGUAAUGAACCAGCAAUUGGUAAUGAAUUGGGAGCCGAAAAUGAAUUUGAUAAUGAAUGGGAAGCCGAAAAUGCAAUUGAAACGCAAAUGCCAACUGCUGUGGAGACAUCACCACCAGCGAUCGGUAACGAACCAGCGAUCGGUAAUGAAUUGGGAGCCGAAAAUGAAUUUGAUAAUGAAUGGGAAGCCAAAAAUGCAAUUGAAACGCAAAUGCCAACUGCUGUGGAGACAUCACCACCAGCGAUUGAUAAUGAAUUGGGAGCCGAAACCGCGUCGUCCACAUCCCCAGCUACUGGUAAUGAACGGAGAGCUGAAACAGCGCUGCUUGAGUUUCCUACUGCACAAAGAAGCAUAAAGAUGGAGAUGUUAGAGAGGUUUGAUUUGAGUUCGAAACGAUUUCUUAUGGAAACCUUGCACCCAAGUAACGAGCCAGUAGAUUUGGAUUCGGUUUUACUGGACUGGAAGAAUACAGACGAAGCGAAAGUACAUGAAUGCUUUAGUCAACGGUUCCUUCCACUGAACACGGACGAUCUGGAAAAGCUUCUGAAGAAUAAGAUAUGGGUGCCACCUGGCAUGGCACUUGUCUCGGAUUCAAUGGAUUUUAUUAACAAAACUGAGCGAGAAAAGGCCAAGAAGCAAAACCAGCUUGCAGCUACAUUGCAAAAAAGAAAGACGGCAAAAACAGUGGCUAGAAGUCUUCUACGGAAGUCCACCAACCCGUACCAUCCUAUCCUGAAGUUUAUUCAUGCUGAGUUUGGAAGACAAGGAACAAAAAUGGCGCACAACGGAAGUUCCACCUAUGCCGAGGUUACUUAUGAAAGUAUCUCGGGCUUGGUGGAGGUUCUCCGAGAUCAAAAUGUUUCUUCCGCUAGUGACUGCAUCAUUGAUGCAGGUAGCGGCAUAUCGACCAUGGUGACACGUAUGUCGGUCGAGUUGCAGUGUCAAGCAUUAGGUUUGGAGUACUGUCACCAACGGACAUACCUUGCUGCCAACGCUACCACCAAACUUUAUGACGAGUUCCGUGACAACAAGGAUCUCAACCAGGGCACAAUGCUUGUUCUAGGAGAUCUAUAUGAUCUCAAGCAGAUCCCCAAACAAGUAACCGUACUAAUUAUGUUUGAUGAGGCGUUUCCACCGGACUUGAUGUACCACAUGGGGGAUCUCAUCAAGACGGCAUCAUCCAAUCUUCUUUGGUAG